GAAUCUCUCUCUCAGAAUUCAAUUGUGAUUGCAUAAUAUGGCUGAUACCGGCCUCAUCCUCAUCACUCCUCUUAUGCCUGAGGCACUUUCCAAAGCAACUUCAAUUGCUGCACAGGUCAGCUUUGCCCCUGUUCUGCAGAAGCAGUUGGCAGGUCUUGCUCAGUCGCUAACUGAAAUUCAAGAUUUUGCACGAGGCGCCGAGCAGAGGCAAGGAAGUGAUGCGGCCAUCAGCUUUUGGUUGCAGAAGCUCAACGAUGCUGUUUAUGAUGCGGUGGAUUUGCUUGAUGAGUGUGAUUAUGGUAUACGUGUUCCUCAGAAGGAAGUUGAGACUUCAAUCCAGAGGCAGAAACAGGUGCACGCCUUCUUUUCUAUGGCUAAAAAAUUUAAGAUGAUUAAUGAAUCUUUAGCUGAAAUCAGAAAGGUGGUACCGUUUAUUAAUCUGAUUAUCCAACUUGGGGAGCAAAACAGUGCAACUGCUAGGCCAUAUUACGAGAUGGUCCAACUUCUUGAUUCUUCAGAAGUUGUUGGAAGGGAGUAUGAUGUCUCAAAUAUUGUCAACUUGCUGAAAUACCGUAAGACUCGACAUCCAAUCUCUGGCAUUUCAAUAGUAGGUAUGCCAGGAGUUGGAAAGACAACAGUAGCAAGAUCAGUUUUUAGGAAGGCAAAGGAAGAAAGACUCUAUGAUGUAGUAGCUUGGGUGUGUGUAUCUGACGAUUUUAAUCAUCAAAGAAUUUUGGGCCACCAACUAGAAAACAAAACUUUUCUUCUCAUUCUUGAUGAUGUGCGGGAAAGAGAUUCUCACAACUGGAGUGCUUUUGCCUCUAGUUUUUCACAAAUUGUGAAAACCAAUGGGAACUCUAUUGCCCUAACAACCCGUUGUGAAAGUGUAGCAUCUGUGCGGGGGAAACAGUUUCAUAUUCGUAGGUAUGAUUUGCAGAGUCUAUCAGAUGAUAAAUGUUUGGAGAUAAUUGAGAAGUUAGUUCUCAGAUCAUCUGCAAAUGCUUUGAUACCUUCAGAGCAUUCUUUGCCAUUGGUUGCAAAACAAUGUGGUGGCUUGCCAUUGGUUGCGUCUGCCAUCGGAGGAACAUGGAGCAAUCAAUUUGAGUGUAGGAAAAAUCUUAAUCCGUUCUUGCUCACAGGCUGUGAUGACUACCUUUACGCUUAUGGAGUGGCGCGUCUUCCCGUUUCCACCUAUUCCCUUAUCAUUGCCUCCCAGCUAGCCUUCACCGCCGGUUUUUCCUUCCUCUUGGCGGAGCUUCAUGAGGAAGAACUUGGAUGUAGGGUCGAUUUUGCGGCGCUGGAGGAAUGCAAUGGUGAGAGGGAGGAGAAUGAUGGGCCAGCCGCCCGUUUGGAGUGCCAUCUCGGUAAACCCAGGUGGAGUAAAAUUGGUCCACAUCAGCACCCAAUCAGCUCCCAGUCAGCGCCAACUCAUCAGGGGCUGAUCUGCCACAACAUGGCUGGUAGAGGGGCUGAAUUGCACCUUCUGCCUUUGAGCGACGUGGCCAUUGAUCGGCGCCGGAGAAACUCGCCCUGGCCUUUGAGCUCGUCACCAGAAAGGUACUUCAAAAUGCCGAGAUCCGAAAUUCUCAAAUGGGUCCAGGAGUGCAUUGAACAAAUCGGGUCGGUUCUGAGAGAGGGUGGGUGGGACGAGAUCGAUAUAGCGGACAUCGUCGACGUCUCAGCUUUAGGAUUUUUCGAGGAAGAAAUGGUUCUGCUUGACAAUCAAGCCGUCCUCAAUGCGCUUCUUCUCAAAGCCGACCGGUUGUCAGACUCUUUUCGAAAAGCCGGCUGGAGCUGCGAAGACGUCUCGGACGCUUCAAGGUUUGAUUUCAGACCGGAGAAGGAGAGAAAACCGACGAAGAAGUUAUCUGUUAUCCCCAGAGCACAUCGAAAAAAUCGAAUAACUGGCCGAAUUGGUUUCCUGAUAGGUAAUGUACCUGCCACAAGUUUAGCAAAAGGAAUCGAAGAACGUUGGCCACUGGAACCAAAAUUAGGCCAAGCAAAUUAGAAUACGCAACCGAUUUGCAAAUUUGCAAUUGCAAGCUUAAUUCUGCUGUUCAGAGGGGUUGAUGGAUAUUUUCCUGAAGAAUAGCAUAUGAUUCCAAUAUGAUCACUUGGAAGACAUGUCUAUAUGUACUUUGAGUAUAUAAAAAAAAAAUUUCUAG